AUGAUUGAGGUAUCGCAGGUUGACAUUGUAGGUACUACUAAUCAGGUGCCAGGCAUUUCGGGCACUGUGUCAAGCCCUAUUCAGAAAGUUCCAUCUGAGCAUACCGUAGUUUUACCCAAUGCAUCUGUUUCAGUUGGUGUGGUUCAACAGGUGGGCCCACCUCUUUUGGGCCAAGAGUGUGAUCUUGGAUCUAUUUCAGCAGGCCCAGUUUGUAUGUCUAAGGGUAUUGGAUCUGGGCUUAAAGAGGUUUUUAAUGAAGCCCAAUUAUCCUCUUUGCAAGCACAUUUAUCUCCUCUGCAUAUCACUCAGCCUCAGCAUAAAUAUGGGGAUUUUCAUCAAGGGAAUUCCAGAUUUUGGUAUGAUCAAGGCACAGGUGGGGCAUCUAAGAUAUGGAAUAAAGCGGCAGACAUGGGUAUACGAGGUGGUGGCGAUGAAGCGACUAUUAUUGAAGUAAUCCGUCAUGCGGAAUCUAGGGAGGCUGCAUUUUAUUAUCAGAAGGAAGGAUCUAAAUUGGGAAACCAAGAUGCAAUAGAUGAACAAUUCUUUGGCUCAGAGUUACUGGGCAAUGGUGAGGUUAUGUGGAGUGCAAAGAACUCUAUAGGGAUGUCAGGUGGUAUGCUGCUAUUGUGGAAUCCCGCAAUUAUUGAGGCUCAGGUUAGUUUUGAAGGGGAUGGUUUUGUGGGGAUUCAGGCGUUGUGGAGAGGCACUUGUAUUUAUUUUGUCAACAUUUAUUCAGCGUGUACGAUACAUAGUAAAAGGAAGUUAUGGUCUGAUUUGGUAAAUCUUAAAUCUUCUUUCCCUUCGGGCUACUGGUGCGUUGGAGGUGAUUUCAACGCCAUAAAGAGGUCUUCGGAAAGGAAAGGGAACAGGGCUCGUUUUAUUCACUCAGAAAUGCAGGAAUUUGAUAAAUUCAUCUGCGACAUGGAUUUGGUGGAUCCACCAGCGUUUGGGAAUAAGUUCACGUGUUUCAGUUGUGCGAGAGACUCUAUGAGCAGGUUAGACCGUUUCAUACUAUCUGAAGGGCUGAUUGAUUUGUGGGGAAUUAAGGGACAAUUUGUUGAGAAUCGUAGUAUUAUGGACCACUGUCCUAUUGCUAUCAGGGCAAGUGUUCUUAAUUGGGGUCCGAAGUCGUUUAAAUUCUUUACGGCUUGGACUAAACAUCCGAGUUUUCUACCAUUGGUUAAAGAAGUGUGGUCUUCUUCGGUUAUUCAAGGUCGUAAAAUUUUCUGUUUUAAAGAAAAACUCAAAAUCCUAAAGGCAAGGCUGAGAGUGUGGAAUGCUGAAGUGUUUGGGAUGCAGGAUUUUCAAAUUGAUUUGGCAUUUAAGGAGCUAUCUGAUUCUGAUUUGUUGGCUGCAGCAGUCCUGGAUGAUGUUACCGUUUCUAAUUUUCAGGAGAAUCGUAAGGAGGUGUAUACUCGGGUUUGGGAUAGGCUGCUAGAGAGGGAAUCCUUCAUUAGACAGAAAUCUCGGUGUCGUUGGCUAAAGGAAGGAGAUCGGAACUCAAAAUUCUUUCAUUCAUUCAUGAAAUUAAGGUUUCGUCGUAAUGCGAUUAUUGGUUUUAAACAAGGAGCCGAAAUGGUUGAGGAUGUGGUGGGGGUAAAGAGCGUGGCGGUGGAGCAUUUUAAAGAUCGUUUUCAGGAAAAACUCAUAAACAGGCCCGUUCUUGACGGGGUGACCUUCAAUGAACUCUUGCCUAUGGAAGCUGCAAGCUUAGAGGAGCCUUUUACGAUGCAGGAUAUCAAGGAAGUGGUGGAGGGAUUUGCGUCUUUUGCUGAAUACGUGGGGGGCUGA